AUGCUCCUCUAUCAUCAGAAGCCAGAGGAGUUUGAAGCCAUUGAGAAACCAGAGGAGCCAUUGGAGGUCACUUCGGACGAAGGAUCCAUAGCACCAGUCCUAGAAAAGAUUAAAGACUCAGAACCGGAGUUUUUUGAAGUGAAGGACAAACUAGAAGAACCUGAGCAAGUAGAGCCUGAAGAGAUUGUGCAGGAUGAGACAGUGAAAGAUGAAGGCUCGAUAGCUGUAAAAGCUGAGCCUACCAGAGUCUUGGAGGAAGGGAAAACUGAAACAAAGGACGCACCUAGUCUAGCUGUGGAGGAAAAACCAGAACAGCCCAAACUUGUGGAACAAGAAAAGAAACAUGAUGAAGUUGGGCUUGUGGAAAGUGUGGAGGUUAAAAAAGUGAAAGAGGAAGGAUCUUCAGUUGAUAAGGUUGAAAAUUCAACAGUCGUGGAAGAAGAAAAAAAUGAUGAAGAUAACAAGCCUAGUCGAAUUGAAAAUCUUGAGGAGGCUUCGCUUAGUCGAGAAGCUCAAAUUGAAGGGGAUGCUUCUCUACCUGAUGUCACAGAAAAGUUAGCUACUGAGGACGAAAAGAAAGAAAUAAGUGCAGUUGAUGUGGUUGAGAAGCUAGCAGAAGAGCCAGCUGUGGAGACUGAAAAGGUCGGGGAAGAGAGUGUGGAAACCAAAGAGAAUGAGAAGAGCAAUAUGAUUCCUUUGGAUUCAACUCAAAUAAUUAAAGAAGACGAAAAUAAGGAAUCAAGUGGGGUUGAUGUGGUUGAGAAGCUAGAGGACGAGGCAGCUGUGGAACUGGAAAAGGUUGGAGAAAAGAAGGUGGAGACUGUAGCGGAUGGAAAGAGAGAUUUGGUAACUGAGGAUUCAAUUCAACCAAUCAUAGAGGAACAAAGGAAAGAAUUAAAUGGAGGUGAUUUGAUUGAGAAGCUAGUAGACGAGGAUGUAGUGAAGUUGGAAAAUUUUGGAGAAGAGAAUGUGGCAAAGGAUGUCAAAGCUGAAGAUAAUGAAGAGAGGAAUGUGAUAGCUGAGGAUCCAGCUCUGCCAAUUGAGGAGAGUAAAAAGAAAGAAUUAGACAGCUCUGAUGUGGUUGAGAAGCUAGCAGAGGAGGCGGUAGUGAAGGUAGAAAGUGGAGAACAAGAGAUGGUGGCUAAGAAUGGCGGAAUUGAAGAGAACGAAAAGAGAAAUGAAAAAGUUGAGGAUUCAACUCAACCAAUCGAUGUGGUUGAGAAGGUAGCAGAAGAGGCAGUGGUGGAAACAGAAAAGCCUGCAGAAGAGAAUGAAACAAAGAAUGUGAAAUUUGAAGACGACCAAAACAAAACUGUACUUGAAGAGGAUGUCAAGAACUCUAUUACUUCUCCCUCUGAAUUUAUAGAAAAAUCAUUUGAGGGAGCUGCAAAAGAUGCUGAACCUGCGGUGGAAACUGAAGCAGCAGAAAAGAUACAAAAUGCGACUCCAUCUGAUGUUGAAACCAAGACAGAUAAGAGUGCGGAGGAGAAGCCAGACGAAGUAAGUACAGCUGUUGAAGUUGAUGAAUCAGAAGUGAAAGGAGAGGAAACUGUUAAAACAGAUGCUGAUAGAUUGGAGAAAAUUAAGGACGAAGUUGCGAAACCUGACCAGAACUUAGAGCCUCCUCCCACCAAGGAUGGUGAUCAAGCAAAACCCCCUGAGGACCUGCCAAAGGAAGUUCCAGCUAAGUCCUCUCAGAAACAGUCGAAUAACCUUCUGUCAAAGGUAAAACAUUCACUGGUGAAGGCGAAGAAGGCUAUCAUAGGUGGGAAAUCUCCAAGCUCGAAAAAUCCUGCUAUCGGAACAAAGGAGGAUAUCAAAGUUAAAUAA